GUUCGGCUUCCAUGCAUGUCAAAAUGCACGCAUCUUCUCUGAAGUUGGCCUGCGGCGAGCAAGCGAGAAAAGGCUGACGGUGUCAGAAACCUGCCACCGCUUUCAUGACUUCGUGUUUAAGUAGUAGGCGUUGGCUUCUGCUUUGGCUUUUCAGUUCACUUUUGGAAGCACAAAUAUCACAGAUCCUAUCCAUAUCUACUAAGUUAAUUAGCUCAAGGGUCUCGGCCUCUUGAUCUUAUAUGUUAAUGAUCUUCGAUUGACGUGACCAUGGAGGCUAAAACUCUACGAAGAAGCUCAGCCUUCAGUGAUUAUCUUUUGAGCUUUUCAGGCGGUGGGCCCCAUGGGAGUGAUGAAGAUGAAUUACGGAAGCUGAUCGAAGUAAAGAAGAGUUAUCAGGUAAGGGAAGGAGCAGAAUCACCGUCGAUAAAACUACGCAACGGGAUUGGUGAUCAUCGUGGCUCUGUAAUCAAAUACGGGAAGGCGCUAUUAACAGCGGCUCAGCUGGGUGAGCUUCAGCGACAGGUGAUUAUAUACAAGUACAUAGCAGCUGGCCUCCCAGUGCCUUCUUCACUUGUACUUCCCAUUUCAAAGAAUGUGGCUUCAUCUUUUGGAUUCGAUAAUGGUGGAAACCAUAGACUAAAUCCAAGCUUAUCAGUUGUGGGUUUCAGUCCUCUGGCAGUUGAUUAUAGAAACAUGAUGGAUCCAGAACCAGGGAGGUGUAGAAGAACUGAUGGGAAGAAAUGGAGGUGUAAAAGGAAUGUGGUUUCUGGUCAGAAAUAUUGUGAGCGGCACAUGCAUAGAGGCCGUCAGCGUUUAAGAAAGACUCUGGAAGUCGAUGCUCCUAAUGCAAUACCAUUAAACAACUCAAGCAAAACUCCACAGAAUUCUAAAGUCAGCGGUUCCAGUUCAAUUCACUGUAACACCGCCUGCAGUGAAGUUGAUGCCAAAAUGACUGGUUCAACGAAGGCCGCUUUUAUGGUUAGUUGCCCAAAAAGCAUUAGCGCCAGCUUGAACCCUAGGGUCAUUGCUGGCUGCGUCAUGAUCCCUAGCACUGUUCCCACGGACUCCACCAUCACCACAGCAAUUGUGGGAACUAACGAGGGGAGAAGUAACAAAAAUCACAAGACUGAAACUAUUGUUGAUAUGAAUGUCAAUUGUAGUGAAAAUGUUAGUUUGAAGAAUCUGAUUGGAGGUAACAACAGCAGAAACAUUACAAAUACCAAAGGCCUUGCCUUUCAAGGACUAAACUUCUCACCAAAGAGUGUUCUUCAAGUUCAAAACUGUGGCACCACAUGCUUGUGCAGAAAUUACAUAGAUGUUGAACCAGGGAGAUGUAAAAGAACAGAUGGAAAGAAGUGGAGAUGCCGCAGAGAUGUUGUGCCUAGUGAGAAGUACUGCGAGAUGCAUAUGCAUAGAGGUGCAAAGAAGCGUGUGGAAGCUUCCCAGUCACCUGCUCUACUCAAUGCCAAUCCUGAGGUUAUCUCAACCACUAGCAGCUGUAUGCACCCUACUGCAAUCUUUCCCAAGAGAGGGCACGAUAUAAACUUAAACACUAAUCUCUCUAUCUCAAUAGCUGCAAAUCCUCAACCUGUGGUUAUCGGUAAUUCGAGUGACACCACUAUCAGCAAUAACAGUGACACCACCAUCAGCAACCCCAUAAUCGCUUCCUGCAAAGAUGGAGACUUCUCUUCUUAGUUCGGUCUGUAUGAUCUUGGUAUCUGUCCAGUUUUGUGUUUCUAAUCUAAUAUAGAAACAUGUAACCGAUGACCAUGUCAUGUUCCUUUAUCAAGUGAGGAAAUAUGUGAACAGAUAACAUCCCAGUGGGGGAUCUGACUGCUCUAACUAUGGAAAAGGCUAAAUAGAAUGGUGAGGGAAAUUGUGUUGAAA